CUUCCUUCCUCCUCUUCUUGCACCUCCCCUUGUGCAUCGUCUCUUGUUGAGCGAGAGUGCUGUGCGCUCACCAUCAACAGCUACCGCUGCAACACACCAGCAAAGCAACCGCGCAAGCACCCCCCCCUGCUUUGCCUCGCACACAGACACACAGGCAGACACCACAGCUCCCACUUCGAUCAAUCAAUCAAUCAGCAAGCAAACGAACGCCACACAUCGCUCUUUUUUUUCUAACCGUCGUCAUCGUCAUCGUCAUCGUCAUCGUUAUCGCCACCAUAUCGGUUUCGAGGCAGAUCUGUGCGUUCACCACCACAGCCCACUCCACAUCUCGCUUCUCCCAAGUACACUACUGACCCUUACCACUCAAGCAAGACCAACAGCAAGGGCAUACACCAACCAGCCGGAGAAGCGUGGUCUCUGUGACCGCCACCUCCCCACAUCUUUCGCGGUACACGAUUGCGACACGUGACACCCACCGCCAGCAUGCGUGCGCGUCCCGUGUCCCACGAUCGCACAGGCGACACCAUUGCUGUACCUCCCACAGCUCCAGCGAUGACAGCCCACACCGCGUGCCCUGGUGGCACAUGGCGCUCACACUCCAGCGGCUGCAUGAAGAGCAGGCGGAAGACGCCUCUGCUGCCUCUUCCGUUGCUUCAUGCAACCGUUGCUGCGAUGCUGUGCAUUCUCUUUCUGACCUCCGCGGGCACCGUCCGCGCCGCAACCUCGUGCCAGCCCGGAGAAUACCUCAACAUCAACGCCACCUGCAUCGAGUGCCUAACCGGCUACACGUGCUCUGGUGGCGUAUCUGCGGCAAUGCCCUGCCCUACAGGCACAUACAACCCUGUUCCCGGACAAUCGUCGCAAGCCUUGCACUGCUUGGCGUGUGAAGCUGGAGACUACACCACAGCGCGGGGAUCCACCUCGUGCCAGACGUGCCCUGCUGGCCACACGUGUGCAGACCCUGCGGCAGAACCGACCGAGUGCCCACAGGGCUCAUACGCGCCAGCAGGCAGCACGACAUGCAAGGCGUGCCCCGCCGGUUCCAAGUGUCCAUAUGCGCAGCUGGCGGCCCCCAUUGCCUGUGCAAACGGCACGUACGCCCUCGCAAAUCAGACAUCUUGCUCGCUGUGUCCCGCAGGCUAUUCUUGCCCGGACGCUUCUGCCGCCAUUGCGUGUGGCGUGGGCUACUACAGCCCACAGGGAGAGCCAGCCUGCACCAUCUGCCCACUCGGAACAUUCUGUGCGUCCAACACCACGGAAGCGCCCGAGCUGUGUGCAGAAGGCUCGUACGCCAUGCUUGGGCAGGAAGCGUGCACCGCCUGUCCCGCCGGCUACUACUGUCCACAUGCUGAUGAACAGCCGGUUGCGUGCAGCAACGGCACGUACACGAGCAGCACGGGGGCCAUCACGUGUCUCGUGUGCGAGGCGGGCCGCGACUGCAGCACAAAGACGUCAUCAACACCAUGUCCAGCAGGAACAUACAGCGGCCAGGGCCUCCCGUCCUGCGAGCCUUGUGCAGAGGGUUACUACGCCAACGCAACAGGCCUCUCGCAUUGCCUGCCCUGUCCACCUGGCUACACCUGCGCCAACCCCGCAUAUGACCCCGUGCUGUGCAGUGCCGGCUACUACAGCGAAGGCACGAACGGCACGUCAGGUGCGGUGUGCAUCGCCUGUCCUCGUGGUACCACGUCCACCCCAGCUCGCACCGGCUGCGACGACUGCCCACAAGGCCACCACUGCAAUGACCCCACCAUCGAUCCGCAGCCAUGCCCUGCCGGCACAUACAGUGCGGGCGGCACCGUGAAGGCCUGCACGACUUGCACGGCAGGCUUUUACUGCCCAGCACAAGCCACACAGCCAUUGCCGUGCGUCUCGGGCACGUUCUCUGGCGCGGGCGCGAGCAACUGCACGGCAUGCCCUGCCGGGUACGCCUGCAGCUCCACUGCUGCUGUACCUGUGGCGUGCGAUGCGGGCUACAUCAGCGAUGAGGGCGAGACAACCUGCCGCCCCUGCGGUCUCGGAAACUUCUGCCCUUCAUCCACAGAGGGGCCGUACCCCUGCCCAGUGGGUACAUACACGGUCAACGCCACGUCGCAGUCGUGCCUGCCCUGCCCAACCGACCACGCCUGCCCGUCCGCAACCGCCACCCCCGUGCUGUGCUCCUUUGGGCAGACUGUCAGCGCAACGUUGACGACGUGCGAGCCAUGCCCUGCCGGGUUCUCCUGCCCAACACCAUCCUCCACCCCACAGCCGUGCACCCCGGGCAACUACAGCACAGAAGGCAGCGGCUCCUGCACCGCGUGCCCCGCUGGGUCGGCGUGCCCAACAACCUCCGCCAGCCCCGAGGCGUGCUCGCCAGGGUCAUACAGCACAGAGGGCAGCACCCACUGCACCCGCUGCCCGCCCGGCUACGAAUGCCCGAGCACGGCCGACACCUCCCUCAUCAAGGCCUGCCGCAACGGCACAUACGCGCUGGGGAGCGCCACUGCGUGCGAGCUGUGCGAUGCCGGGGCCUACUGUCCAUCCACAUCGCAGGGCCCACAGGGCACGUGCCCACCCGGCACCUACUCCCUUGACGGCCAGGCAUCGUGCACGCUGUGUCCAGCAGGCAGCAGCUGCCAGUACAAUGACAGGGACCCGGCUGCCUGCGCUGCGGGUUCGUUCAGCGAGGCUGGUGCUCUGGAGUGCACCGUUUGCCCGCCCGGCUUUGCCUGCCCUUACACAACGCAGGCCAUCAUGCAUCCAUGCGAUAUUGGCUCCUACUCGGAGGCCGGGUCAACCACCUGCAAUGUGUGCCCCGCAGGUUUCGCCUGCCCAUCCGUCUAUGGCGACACCCGCGUCUCCUGUGCGACGGGCUGGUUCUCGACGGUCAACGCCACUUCCUGCACGCCGUGUCCUGCCGGCUACAAGUGCCCAACAUCGGACUCCGACUCUCGCACAGCAUGUGAUCCUGGCACAUACUCUCUUGGCGCCACAGACACCUGCACUGAUUGCACCGCCGGAAGCUACUGCCCCUCCGUGGCGCUCCCACCUCGCGUGUGCCCGCCGGGCACGUACAGCAGCGACAGGGCAACGCAGUGCACCGCUUGCCGUGCCGGGUACUUCUGCACCACCACCACAGAGACGCUGUGCAACGAGGGGUUCUGGAGCGCUGCCAACAGCACGUAUUGCGAGCCGUGCGACUCAGGCUACCUGUGCGACGCAGGCACGCGCCCGCAUACGUCACCCAACGGUAACCCGUGUGCACAGGGCGGCUACUGCAACGGCGCGACACGCACGGAGUGCCCAGAUGGCACCUACGGCAACGUGGCUGCAAAGGGCACCCUGCACGAGGCGUGCUUCGAAUGCCCAGCAGGCUCGUACUGCGAUGGCACGGGUGCGGGCGCAACAACGCCUACAGCGUGUCCGGCCGGCUACUACUGCCCUGCCGGCACGGGUCGCAUUGAUCUGCAGCCGUGUCCUGCUGGUUACUACGCCCUAUCUGGCGGCAGCAAGGAGAGCCUUGACACGGGCUGCACCCUGUGCCCUGAAGGGUACUACUGCCCGCAGGCAAGCGUCAACCCAAUCAUCUGCCCACAGGGCUACUUUUGCCCCACCGGCACGGAGGAAGGAACGCAAAACUCGUGCCCAAGCGGCACGUACGGCGCGACUGUUGGUUUCUCCGACGCAUCAAACUGCACCAUUUGCCCAAUUGGCUACUACUGCCCGGAUGGCCACAACACCCACCCGUCUGUGAGCCCGCUGCCUUGUCCCGGCGGCACGUACAACCCGUUCACGGGCGCAGGCCUCGAGGUGGACUGCAUCCCCUGUCCCUCUGGUCGCUCCUGCAGUGGCACGGGUCGCAACAACACAAACCCUUGCGAGCAAGGCCACUACUGCCCACGUGGCACAGUCACCAGCACGCAGUACCCGUGUCCGCCCGGCACGUACACGGACAGCACGUCUCUGGGUGCUGCCGAGGAAUGCAGCCCAUGUCCCGCUGGCUCUGCUUGUGGCUGGGCAACAGGCUACACGGACAACGUGCCUCUCAGCUGCUCUCAGGGCCACUACUGCCCCACAGGCACACCCACGCCAACUUCCUUCCCCUGCGCUGCCGGCACAUACACGGCGCGGUCCAACCUCACCGCAGCCAGCGAGUGCUCCACGUGCCCAGAACGGUACUAUUGUGAUGGCGGCGAGGGAAGCCCGACAGACUGGUGCCCUUCAGGGUACUACUGCCUUGCCGGUACACAGGCGUUCUUCCAGCACCCGUGCCCUGCCGGAACAUACCAGCCCGAGAUUGGCUCCUAUCUCGAGAGUGAGUGCUUCAACUGCACCGUGGGCCACUACUGCGAGGAGGCGACCACCACCCCUGUGGCCUGCCCUGCUGGCACGUACAUGCCGUACGGCAGCGAGCGCAACGACACGAUGGGUUCCGAGGCGUCUCGCAUCCUCUCCUGCAAGAUUGCCUGUCGCGACCCCGACGACUUUGUCAGCCUGACGACGGUGGCUGAGCUGGAGCAGUGCGAGCUUGCAUGCGAGCAGGGCUCCAACUGCGCCACGCACUGUGGCACCGUCAGUGCCGAGUACACGACCGCGUGCAACCACGGGUGCGACUCGUACGAUUCCGCUGCCGCCUACGUGCAGGUGGGCGUGUCUGCGGGCGCGGCCAGCGAGUGCAUCACGUGCCCUGCAGGCUACAGCUGCAGCAGCGCCACCGUGGACCCCGUGCCGUGUGGCCGCGGGUUCUACUCCGAGGCCGGCAGCGAGGCGUGCGAGCGCUGCCCUGCUGGCUACUAUUGCGACGAAGCCGCGGUGAGCGACACAGUGCUGGUGACCAGCAAAGCGUGCAACAGCUCGCUCUACUGCACCUCCGGCCUCUCCGCCCACGACGACGCCGUGCCCUGCCCGCGCGGCCACUACUGCCCUCAGGGUACCGCGCUGCCCGUCACGUGUCCCGUGGGCACCUACAACCCAGACCUGUACGGCGCGUCCUUGGCCGACUGCCACCCGUGCGACGCCGGCAUGUACUGCGUGGAGGCCAGCGUCAACCCAACGGGCGCCUGCAACAAGGGCUACUACUGCCCCACCAACAUCACCGCAUCCGAGGUGCUCAACGGCGUGUCGGGCCUCCUCAUCGGCUCCUAUGGCCCGAAGCAGGAGCCCUGCCCCGCGGGGACGUACCGCAACGCAACCGGCGGCCAGGACCUCUCGUCCUGCGCCACGUGCCCGGAGGCAAGCUACUGUCCCAUCGCCAGCGCGGUGCCAAUCACCUGCCCGCGCGGGUUCUACUGCCCGCUUGGCAGCGCCCAGCCCCAGCCGUGUCCAAAGGGAACUAUUGGAAACUCUACGGGAUUGAUUGCGGAGAGCGACUGUGAGGCCUGUCCUGGCGGCUUCUACUGUGAUCGCCUUGGCUCCUGGCAGACAACGGCGCCCUGCGACCCCGGUUACGUGUGCACGCUGGGCGCGGUCACCUCUGCGCCCACGGACAACGUCACCGGCUCCAUCUGCCCUGCUGGUGGCUAUUGCCCGCCAGGUUCUGCUGUGUCCCAGCCAUGCCCACAAGGAACGUUCAACAACGUCACGGGUUCUGUGGACGAGAACGACUGUGUUCCCUGCACGCCUGGUUACUACUGCGCAAGUACCCGCAGCCCCGGCCCCACCGGCCCGUGCGAUGCUGGCUAUUACUGCACAUCGGAGAGCAAGGAUCGUCGGCAGUUUGUGACGCCUGUGGGGCAUUACACGACGGCUGGGUCCUCUGCGCCCAUACCGUGCAACCCCGGAACGUACCAGACUGCGACUGGCAAAGGCUCCUGCGAUCCGUGUCCUGCAGGCACCUACUGUCCUGAUUUCGGCAUGAACUCCACCGUCGAGUGCCCUCGCGGGUUCUUCUGUCCGGAGGGCUCCACAAGCUUCUCCGGCCCCAACGGCAACCAGCGCUGCCCCAUUGGCACGUACGGCGCGUUCUCAGGCAUCGCCAACACCACCGGGUGCGUCGACUGCCCGCCCGGACAGUACUGCGCCAGCCCCGAGGACGGCAGCGGCCUCAUGGAGCCCACGGGCCCCUGCGCUGCCGGCUACAUCUGCUACGGCAACGCCGAGUUUGCAACACCGGGCCUGGACGGCCUGUCCUGGGGCGCUGUCUGCCCGCCAGGGUACUACUGCCCGGAGGGAACACAGGCGCCCGUGCCCUGUCCACCUGGCUCGUACUCCAACGUGGAGGGCCUGCAGUCAGAGUCGCAGUGCACACCGUGCCCCGCUGCCCGCUACUGCCCCGAGGAGGCCAUGACCACCUACGGCGCGUACUGCGCGGAGGGCUACUACUGCAUCCUCGGGUCUGCUGUCGCGCGCCCCCUCUCCAACAACAGCGUGCAGCUGCGCGGGCUUGACUCGCUCGACUACUACUACACCACCCAAAACCUCACCCUCAACACAACCCGCCUGGCCGCCUGCGGCCUGCUUGACUUUGGCGGCGACGUGUGUCCGCAGGGCCACUACUGCCCGACAGGGGUGGAGGCCGAGUACAUUGCAGGCUUCCCCUCGUUUGUCUGGGAGGGCGGCCCCAUCCUGUGCGCGGAGGGAACAUACGCCAACUUCACCGGCGCCGCAGAGUGCUGGACCUGCCCUGCAGGGUUUGCCUGCUUCAACCGCGAGCCCUUUGACGCAAACCCGCUGCCCUGCCCAGAGGGCCACUACUGCCCACAGGGCACUGACUCCAACAUCCCCGAGUGUCCCGUGGGCACGUACAACAACCGCACCGGGUUGCAGGCGGAGACAGACUGCACGCCAUGCCCACCGGGGCUGGCCUGCACGGUGACCGGCCUCAGUGACCCGGACGCGCCCUGUGCAGAGGGCUUCUGGUGCGGCCGCGGCGCCUUCUCCACGCGCCCACGCACCUCCUCCCCACUCGCCGCCACAACGCCCUCGUUUGAUGGCGGCCAGUGCCCAGAGGCCCACUACUGCCCCGAGGGCUCCAGCGCGCCCACCCCGUGCCCGCCCGGAACCAUCUCCGCCGCUGUGCAGGCCUCGUCCAACGCCACGUGCACCGCCUGCCCGCCAGGCUUCUACUGCGAGGCGGCUGGCCAGACGCAGGCUGCUGCCCAGUGCGCUGCGGGCUACUACUGCGUCAGCGGCGCCACCAGCCCGCGUCCGACGGACGGCGUGACUGGCGACGUGUGCCCCGCCGGGACCUAUUGCGAGGCAGGCUCCCACACGCCUGCUAACUGCCCACCGGGCAGCUACAACGCUCUCACGGGGCAGAGCAACUGCACCACUUGCCCCGCCGGCUUCUACUGCGAAGAAGGCGCGUCAGACUACACCGCAACGCCGUGCGACGCGGGCCACUACUGCCCGAACGGCACCGCCCACAGCACGCAGGUGCCGUGUCCCGUUGGCACCUAUCUCAACACAACGGGUGCGGCGACGGAGGACGCGUGCGUCCCAUGCACCCCCGGCUACUACUGUCCAACCACGGGACUGGUGCAGGCGACGCUGCUCUGCGACGAGGGCUACUACUGCAGCGGCGGCUCGCACGUCGCCCGGCCGCAGGUCAACGGUACAGACGUAGCAACGUGCCCCGGCAUCAGCGCGGGCGGCAUGUGCCAGGCGGGCACGUACUGCCCACAGGGCGCCCCUGCGCCCCUGCCCUGCGAGGCUGGCCGCGCCUGCACCACCACGGGUCUCAGCGCCAGCAACAAGGCCUGCAGCGCAGGGUUUGUGUGCCUGGGCGGCGCACAAACCACGCGCCCAACUGACGGCGUCACGGGCUACAGGUGCCCCGCAGGCUACUACUGCCCAGCUGGGAGCAGCGAGCCAACGCCAUGCCCCGCCGGCACAUACUCCCAGGCCUCCGAGGCCUCUGACAGCUCCACUUGCCUGGCGUGCUUGUUGGGCCACGCGUGCACGGCCCCAGCCACAACGUCGCCGGAAGCGUGCGAUGCCGGCUAUCACUGCAGUGUGCUCGGCCUUAACACCACGUCGCCCGCAGACCUGUUGUGUGAUCCGGGCUACUAUUGCCCGAACGGCACCACGCAGCAGCUCGCGUGUCCCUCAGGCACAUACCAGAAUGAGGCUGGCAUGGCCACGUGCAAGGAGUGCCCCGCAGGCUUUGUGUGCGAUGCGACGUCCUCGCCCGUGGUCACCGGCACGGCGACGCCGUGUCCCGUAGGCCACUACUGCCCCGCAGGCACGGAGGUGGGCACGGCCAACCCUUGCCCCGUCGGCACCAUCGGCAACGAAACUGGUCUGGCCAACGUGACGCAGUGCCACGCCUGUCCCCCGGGUCACUACUGCGACGAGGCUGGUCUGACCGAGCCCGCUGGGGAGUGCGCGGGUGGCUACUACUGCCAGUCUGGCGCGACGACGCCCCAGCCGCUCGACGGCGUCACCGGGGACGUGUGCCCCAGCGGCAACUACUGCCCACAGGGAAGCAUCAACCCGGUACCGUGCCCGGCAGGCAGCAUCACCACGCUGCUUGCGCAGGACGAGGUGGGCGACUGCCAGCCGUGCGAUCCGGGCGAGUACUGCCCUGCUGGAUCCAGUGCAGGCGACUGCGACGCAGGCUAUGUGUGCGUGCGCGGGUCAGCCACCGCUCAGCCCACCACGCUUGCCUUCAAUGCUGAGCUCGGCGUGCUGACGGGCGGGUACAUGUGUCCAAACGGCACGUACUGCCCUGCCGGCGCCAUCUCCGACACGCCCUGUGCUCGCGGCACGUAUGCGCCGAUGCCUGGCCUGGAGGCGUGCACGCCGUGCCCCGCGGGCCAGCUGUGCGAGGAGCUGGGAACCAUCAACCCGGCCGACUGCCCGCUCGGUUUCUACUGCGAGCAAGGCGUGGUCACGCCAGAGCCGUGCCCCAUCGGCACCUUUGGAGGCCGCACGGGCCUGCGCGACGUGACGGAGUGCACGCUGUGCGAGGGCGGCCACUUCUGCGACGAGACGGCGCUCACGGCGCCAAAGGGCGAGUGCGACGCAGGGUAUUUGUGCGCCGGCGGCGACACCACGCCAGCGCCGACGGGGCCAACCACCUCCAUCCUUGGCGACGACACCAACUUCUUCAGCGUUGCCUUUGUCACCAUCUUCAUUGAUGGGGAGGAGCUCAACGUGACGAGCGGCACGUGCCCCCGCGGCCACUACUGCACCAACGGCACUGCAAGCCCCGUGGCGUGCCCGGCCGGCUACUACAACCCGGAUCGCCGCGGGGCCAGCCUGGCAGACUGCACGCCGUGUCCAGCGCGCUACUACUGCGCAGACACGGGCAUGACCACGUACACGUCCACGUGCGCGGCGGGCUACUACUGCCCCGAGUCUGCCGCCAUCGCCACGAGCCAGCCGGCAGGUUACGAGUGCCCGCUUGGUCACCGCUGCCUGGCUGCUUCGGAUGCACCGGAGCCGUGCCCGGACGGCGAGUACCAGGACGUGGAGGCGCAGUCGGAGUGCAAGACCUGCCCCGCAGGCAGCGUGUGCGAGUACGGCCGCAACAGCUCCGUCACGCCGGAGCCCUGCCCGCUCACGUACUUCUGCGAGGCCGGCACGGGCCUGUACAACAAGCAGCUGUGCGCCAACGGCACGUACGGCGCGGCCACCGGGUAUGCCCAGGCCUCGGACUGCGUGCCGUGCCCGCCUGGCAAGUACUGCAACCUGGGCGUGGUGGAGGGCAACUGCCACGCCGGCUACAUCUGCCUGAGCAGCAGCACGACACCCCAGCCCUCGGGCGAUGACGCGGACGUGGGCUCGCCCUGCCCAGCAGGGUACGUGUGCCCGGAGGGCACGCUCUCGCCCCAGCUCUGCCCGAACGGCACGGUGGUGAUUGAGGGCCUGGAGCAGCAGCAGGUGGUGGUGACGGCCGUGAACAACGACGGUGACCUCAUCUCCGUCACGCGCAACAUCACCGUGCCCACGCUUGGUGAGGGCGCCGCGUCCUUUGACGCGUGCGACACGUGCCCUGCCAGCCUGGUGUGCGCCGGUGCGGUGGUGACGCCGUGCCCGACGGGCCACUACUGCCCCGCCGAAUCCUCCGAGCCCGUGCCGUGCGCGGCCGGCUUCUACAACGCGCUGCCGGCCUCAGACGACCCCACAGACUGCAGCAUCUGUCCCGCGGGCUACUGGUGCCGCUACGAGGGCACCUCGGACUUCUCCGAUGUCCCGUGUCCGCAGGGCUACUACUGCCCCGUCGGCACGACCACUCCUCGCGCCUGUCCGCCCGGCACGUGGAGCAACGAGACGGCCGCCAUGUCUGCGGACGACUGCCAGGAGUGCCCCGCCGGCUUCUUCUGCCCGGAGAACGCCACCACCCGCGUCGUGGACGUGUGCCCCUCUGGGCACUUCUGCCCCGCCGGCUCUGCCGAGCCACGCGUGUGCACGGCGGGCUACUACUGCCCCACGCAGUCUGGCGAGCCGCGCCCGUCCCCGGACGGCUACUACUCGCCCUUCAACUCGUCCGACCCGAUUCCGUGCCCUGCUGGCCACUACUGCCCAGCCCCCGCCGCCGACGCAAGCACCGUCAUUGGCGACUAUCCAUCGGGCGCCACGGAGGCGAUUUUGUGCCCGCUCGGUUACCGUGACCGCGUGGAAGGCGGUGGAAACCACGAUCGGACCACGCUAGACAGCGCCUGCGUUGCUUGCGAGGCGGGCAAGUACGGCAGCCACCCCACGCGUGCCGUGUGCUUCGACUGCGAACCAGGGUUCGUGUGCCUUGAGGGCGCCAUCUACGGUAACCCGGACGUCUGGACGGCCGUGAACGCAACGCGCGACCGCAUCGUCUACGUGAACGGCAACCCGUACAGCGACGUGGUUGCGCUGGACGUCCUGCCGUACACGGGCGUCGGGUUCAACUACACUGUUAACGGCUAUCCGGACACCAAGUCAUACCAAUGCCCGCCGGGCUACUACUGCCCACGCCAGUCGCCGUACCCGCUGCCCUGUCCGGAGGGCACCUACAACCCGAACAACCGCAGCGUCUCUGUGGAUGCGUGCGUGUCCUGCCCUGCAGGCACGUACAACAACCGCGCUGGGCAGUCCUUCUGCCGCAGCUGCGGCUCGUCGUCCUUCUCGGACAGCGGCGCGUCCCUGUGCACCUGCCGCGGCGAGAACCGCGUGUUCAGCCCCGCCGAUGCCACGUGCGUGUGCCGCCCGCUCUACGCCUCGCGCGACGGCGCCACGCUGCUCACGGACGUCGAGGACGGCGUUGCAGACUGCCAGCCGAUUGUGUUUGACAACUGCCCCGAGGGCAGCGUGCUCAACGAGCACGGCCAGUGCCUGGACGACUCUGGUUGGCUCGCGUACUGCCAGGCCGAGUGCGCGCUUGGCCCGACCCCGAGCGUGUACGACGCUGGCCUUGGUCGCUGUCUGUGCAAGACGCCGGCCCUGGACGACGUCUGCGACAUCAGCUGCCGUGCGGAGGAGCGCCAGCGCCAGCAGAUUGUGUGCGAGUCCCCACCACGCCUCGUCAUCAACCAGGUCAACGCGGACGGCAGCGUGGACGAGGUCAUCUCCAUCUACACGUCCGAGCUGGGUGUUGGCGCCCUGGGCGACAUUGGCCUGGACGCGUGCCCGACGCUGGACGGCCGCCGGUUGCCGUCCUUCCUCAUGGUCGCCAACAGCGAUGGGCUCACGGGCGGGUACAACGUCCCCACCACCGUGUGGGAGGGCCUGGAUGUCAGUGGCGCAAGCAGGCGCCGACGCAGCAGCGAUGCUGCAGCCCAAAGCAUGGACGGCGCGCAGGGUGCAGCAGGCCACGCCGGAAGCACGGUGCUGUCCUCCAACCUGACCCUCACUGCUGCCGCCGACGGCGAGCUCCCCCGUGCCCGCCGCCCGCACGUGCGCUUGCGCCGUGAGGAGUGGGUGGCGCAGCUGGCCAACCCCGUGGCGUGCCUCGAGCUUGGCGCCGUCGUCGUGUUCUCCGUCAACGGCACCAACUACCCCGUGUACGACAAGAACAACCUGCUGAACCGCCAAGACGACCCCGAGCGGCCGUUUAUCCACGCGCCGCUGGUUGCGCUGGCGGAGGAGCUGCAGUCUGACCCGUCUGCCCGCUCCUUUGCGUACGCGUUCACCAGCCCCGGCGUGUGGGUGCUGCGUGACGCCGGCAGCGGCCGCACCUCCGUGUUCUCCGUCAUGGGCGAGAACGUCGAGUGCCCGGACAACGGGCCGUUCUUCCCGGCCACCAGCAGCUCGCAGCACUUGCUCACCGUGAGCCGUGAGGACUCGCUGGUCGUCACGCCGGACUGGCGGCUCAUGGGCUUCAUCCUCGCUGGCGCCGCCGCCCUGGUCAUGGUUGUGCUCGCGGCCACUUCCUACUUCCGCACGGCGGGCUGGGUGGUGGAGGGCCAGCGCACCGUGUCCUAUCGCCAGGCGGCGACGCGCUACCCGAUCGAAGACAUGUCGUCCAAGGGAUCGCAGCGCGAGCGCGUGCAGCGCAUCAACCGCAAGGCGCUCGAGUUUGACCUGAGUGACCCAGCCAACGAGCCACCACCACAGGGCAAGUCCACCGCCAGCAACAACAACAACAACAACAACAACCACGGCGCCGACGCUGACGCUGACGCCGCUGGUGCGGAGGGUACCAAGGAAGGCGUGAGCCAGCGGUUGAAGGUGCUGUUUGACGAUGACUUCUGGGACUACGAGCGCCAAGUUGAUUUGGAGAAUUUCACAGCGGAGACGCUGUUUGACCUGAUUGACGGGCGCACGCAGGAGGUGCACCGUCAAAUCCAGGCCAAGAGCGACGAGGUCAAGAAGGUGUACGAGAACAUCCGCCACGAGGCGUCCUUGCUCAAGAGCCUGUGGGUGAGCAAGCUGCGGCUUGCGCGCCCCGUGGAGCUGUCGCCACUCCCUCCCGGCCAGCCCAGCAACACGCAGACGCUGAGCAAGGCACGCGACGGCUAUGGCAAGGAGCUGGAGAGCCGCAAGUCGCUCGGGGACCGGUGGUAUCAAGCGCUGGUUGCCCGCCGCGACAUGCUGGCGCGCACGUUCCGCCAGAGCAACGACCUGUACCAGGACGUGCUGAGCCGCGUGGAGGAGGUGCGCACGCAGGUGAAUCUGGUCAUUGCGCUGCAGCGGUUUGCGCAGCAGCAGCGUAUGGACAACAGCGUGGUGGCCGAGGGCCGCGUGCGCUGUGAGCAGGCCGUGAUUGGCCUGCGCGAGGCGCUCAUCAAGGGCACGGCGCAGCUCCUGUGCUCGUCGCUGGUUGGCGAGAGCGACGUGGAGUCGUUUGGGGCGCGCCUGCUGCCGCCAGAGGAUGGCGGGGAUGAGCCCGUGCCCACAGAGCAGCUGCGCGACCCCGUGGACGGCGGUCUCGUCAGUGGCGAGUUUAUCCAGCGCUCGGAGAUUCUGCCUGGCCUGUUUGUGCCUGUGGCCGGCACGCGCCUGCUGCUGGCAGACGGCAGUGUGCAGCCGUGCAGCCCCACGGAGCACGUCGUUGACCCGCGCACCGCCCGCGUGCUUCCCGUGCGCGGCAACGUCGCCUACAACAUGGUCACGCGCCAGCUCUUUGUCGUGGUGGACUUUACCAGCAUCUCCACGCACUCGGCGCCGCUGCUCUACGUGCCGUGGCCGGCGCAGGCGCAGGCGCAGGACAAGGCGUGCGCCUUCUCGGACGGCACGCCGCUGCAGUCCUCGCUGCGCACCGACGGCACGAUGGUGCACGCCGCCACGGGGCUCACCGUGCCCAUGUUGGCCUGCACAACGCACCCGGCAACCAAGGAGAUUGUGCCCGUCGGCGGCGUGUACGACGACCCCGUGACGCACCUGCCCACGCCCAUCCAGCGGUACCUCCCUGGCCCGGCCAGCGGGCACGCCAACACCAUCAUCGUGGACGUGGACAUCAGCGACGAGGGCGACGCCGUGCCCGUGUGCGUGCCCAUGGGCAACCUCGACACGCACACGCACAUUGCGUCUGAGGAGCCCCUGAGCGGGCGCGUCUGCCUGUCCAACCACGUGUCUCUCCGCACGAGCGCCGCCAGCCCAUCCGGCUCUGCGCCCGUGAUGCCGAAGCCCCACGGCGUGUCGUGGGUGUCUGGCUUGGACGCGCUGUGCCUGCAGUCCUACCGCUCGUGCCUGACGGAGGUUGAGCGGCUGCCGGUGCUGCUGGCGGACGAAGCACUCGACCCGCUCGCACUGUCCUCCUCGCUGGCCUCUGCCGUGUCUAGCAUGGACAGCCAGCUGCGCGACGUACACAGCAUCUUCAAGCGCACGGCGCGCCUGAAGCACUCGCUGUUCAGCGACAUCCUGCUGCGCUUCGCGGAAGCCCUCAGCAUCCGCGAGGACGGUGGGGUGCUGGGCCACCUGGACGAGGGCAACGUGCCGCUGUUUGUGGGCCAGCGCUUGUACGAUCGCGAGUCGAAGCUGGAGGUGCCUGUGCUUGGUGUUGCGUACGAGAAGGAGAACGAGCGCCACGUGCCCCUCGGUGGCGUCAUGCACAGCCCAGACACGGGCGAGCUGGCGCCCAUCUCCAUUGGCGCCGCCUACGUGGACCCAGACAGCGGCGAGAAGUCGCGCGUGCAGGGCGCCCGCGUUGACCCGAACACGGGCCGCGUGGUGCCGUCUCGCCAGCCGUGCGUGCGCCAGCGCACGUUCAAGCUGACGGACGACGACCUGGCCCGGCUGGAGGAGGAGCUGGCGGCGCGGCGCGCGUGGCAGCGCAGAACCACCAACCAGGACAACGGCCUGCUGCGGGAGCUGCAGCGGCUCAUGGCCACGGUGCUGGAGAUGGAUGACUCCGAGACGAGCAAGGUCUCGUCGCACCUGGAGACGCUGGCGGAGACGCUCACCUCGCGCUCCCAGCAGAUGCGGCGGGAGCAGAAGCGCCGUAAGGAGGAGGAGGGCCGGUUCGAUGAGUUCCCCGGCGUGCUCACGGCCAUGCUCUUCUCCAACGACAAGCAGGAGGCGUCGCUGAGCGUCAGGCACCUGCAGCAGUUUGAGAACGUGCUGGGCGCCUGCAAGCGGUUCCUGGCAGCGUGCACGGAAGCGCAGGAGGAGCGGGACAACGCGUACUUGCCCGAGCGCGACGGCGCAGACAACACCGACCUCAAGGACAAGGCGCAGACCGCCUUUGAGAACGCCCUGGAUGGCGCGCGGCUGGAGCUGUUGGAGUCGCUGUCGAUGCAGCUGGCACACGUGCACGAGAGCAGGGCCACGCUGCAGUGGAUCUCCGUUGAUGACGAGCUGCGUGCCAGCGUCGUGAAGGAGAUUUUGGGCAAGAUGCUCAGGCAGCAGGACCGCGCCCAGAGCGGCGAGGACGACGGGCAAAACACCAUGACCAGCCUGGAGAACCUCAUCUCCGUGCUGCAGCACCAGGCGAGCAUUCUACGCACGCAGUCCACGACUUCGACAACGGGCCUGUCCGCGUCUGGCCGCUUCACGCUUGCGCAGCUGCGCGAGGAGGCGGAGGAGACCGCACCCGCAUCCACGACCCCACCAAAGCAGCCGCGCAUGGCCGUUCCUGCCAUUGCCGUUGUGGAAGAGGGCGAUGACGCCGAGACCGACGGCACGUCCGCAGGCCUGCAGACGCAGCAGGCGGAGCAGCAGCAGCAGCAGCAGGGUGCUGACAGCGGCAGCGCUGCGCUUGAAGUCGGCAAGGCGGGCGGCAUGAAGAAGACAGACUCGAAGAAAAAGAAGAAGAAGAAGGACAAGAAGGACGCCACGGGCACGUUGGCCAGCAAGGAGCUUGAGAAGCUGGUUGAGAUACAGACGCAAGGGCGGACCGCCCUCGACGCGCGGCUGUACGAGGCGGAGCGCGAGGAAAUGGACAAGCUGCUCGAGAAGUUGCGCAAGGAGGAGGAGGACAAGCUGGGAGAGCUCACGGCUGAUCUGAUGCGCAAGCUUGUUGCUGCCGGCGAUGACGAGGCGGCACAACAGAAGCUGCUGGACGCGUACGAGGAGCAAGUGGCCACGGUCCGCAAGCAACACCAGGCCAAGGCAGACAUGCAGGUGGCGGAGCUCAUGCAGCGCCUCACGCGCAUCCGCUAUGACGAGACGCAGCGGCACUACCAGCGGGAGCGGGACACGCUGCCAAACCACCCUGACAUUGCGCCGCCGCCGAACGUGACGGAGGACGAUGUGCAGGCGCAGAUCAAGGAGAUGCUGCUGGAGCAGCAACGGCUGAUUGCGUCGCUGGAGGCCGGCAAGCGCGCCAGCGCCGAGGAGGCGGACCAGGACGGCCAGGGCGGCGGUGCCGUCGUCGACUUUGACAAGCGCAUGGAGGCGUUUGCAAACAGCCUGACAAACAAGUCGACGCUGCGCGGCGGCGACAAGGACGCAGAAGCACUGGCCGCGGCCAGCACGACGGCGAAGAAGGAGGUUGCGUCAAGGGCGAAGGUCGUGACGUCAGUCAAGGGCCGGCUGCGGGCCAAGCUUGAGAAGCGGCGCGCAGAGGCCGUGGGCAAAGCCAAGACGGACGAGGAGCGGGCGCAGGUGGAGGCAAGCUACGACAGCCAGCUGGCGACGCUGUCGUCGCACGUGACCAAGGCCGUGGACGAUGAGCUCGCUCGCACACAGCAGCAGCUGGUGAAGGAGUUUGUUGCGGAGGACAAGCAAGAGGAGGCGGCACAGAUGCUGCGGGAGCACCAGGAGCGCAUGCAGCAGGUGCGCGACAAGGUGCACUCUGACCAGCGAGACAAGGUCAUGGCGCGCAUUGCCGCGCAGAAGCGGCUUGCGGCCCAGCGGCGGCGCGAGCGCAUGCAGAAACAGCAGCAGGAGAAGCUGGCUGCAGCUUCUGGCAGCGGCGACGGCGACGACGAGGGCAGCAAGGCCAAGGGCUCUGCUGCUGCUGCUGUCGAUGACGGCAGCAAGCACGCGCGCGACCUGGCAAACAAGGUGGCAGCGGCGUCCGUGUCGGACGAGGAGGCGAAGAAGCGCAUGGCCGAGCUUGAGCAGGCGCACCUGAAGCGGCUGGAGGAGCUUGAGGCGCAGAAGCAGGCGCAGAUGAAGGAGCUCUCCCAGAAGGUUGACGCGGAAAUCACAGAGGCGCAACAGAAGGCAGAGGCGGACCUGCAGAAGCGACGGGAGGAGAGCAUGCAGGCCGCGGAGCAGCGCAUGCGGGAGGAGCAGGAGCGCGCAAAGGCGCAGCUGUCGCCAGAGGAGUUUGAGAAGUUUAUGAACAAGCACCGCCAGCAGCUGUCUGAGGUGCAGUCGCGCCUGGACAAGACACAGCAGGCGCAGCGGCAGGCGCUGCAGGAGCGGCUGAAGAAGCAGCGCGAGCGCCGGCGCAAGGCAAACGAGUCUAAGCUGGAGGAGCAGUUUACCACGGAGAUGUCCAAGCAAUCCGAGGAGCGCGAGCAGCUGCAGUCCGACAUGGAGCGCGCCAACGAAGAGAAGGUGCUGCGCGCGGCGGUGAAGGACAUGUCCAACUCGCUCUCUGUGGACUCGGCUGCUGGCGGCGGCGGCGGCGGCGGCCAGAGCACGCACAGGGACACGGUGAUCCACCGGGUGAUGCGCGCGCGCCACCUGCGCGAGUUUGGGCGGCUGGUUGAGCGGUGCGCUGUGGACAUGGAGGCGCGGCUGCGGCAGGACGUGGGCAACUUCCGCGAGGAGCGUGCGGAGGAGCGGGAGAAGAUUGAGGAGCGAUACGAGGCCGAGCUGGCGGAGGUGGAGGAACGCGACGCCAGCGCAAAGACGGGAUCGCGGGACGAGCGGUUUAAGAUCCGGCGCAAGCUCAAGACGGCGCUGGCCAACUUUGACAAGAAGACGGCGCGGCUGGUGGAGCAGCUGGAGGCGCGCGUGCGGCUGAGCGCCAACACGGACACGGAGCGGCGCAAGCUUGAGCUGAAGCAGCGGCAAUACAACGAGAUGGUGGAGGCGUUCAAGAACUUCUCGCCGGACAGCGAGGUGCACGCGCAGUACGAGGAAGCCGCGAACCAGGCCAAGGAGGCGGCGGAGGAGUACAAGAAGCGGCUCGGGGCGGAGCGGCAGGAGCAGAUGAAGAAGCUCAAGGAGGAGCAGGAGCGCCUGCGCAAGGAGCGCCACGAGAAGAUGGAGGCUGAGCGGAAGCGCGUGCUGCAGGAGCUUGAGGCCGAGCGACAGAAGCAGGAGCAGCUGAUGCAGCAGAAGCAGCAGCGCAACAAGAAGAAGAUGAUGGAGCAGAUGCGGCAGCAGCAGGCGCACGAGCUGGAGAAGCUGGACGAGGCGCAGCGGCAGGAGGUGAUGGAGCGCCACCGCCGCGGGCUGAAGAACCUGGAGGACGCGCUUGAGUCUGAGCAGGACCGGCAGCGGCAGAAGUUCCGCGAGCGGCUGAAUGCGCUCAAGGCACGGAAGCAGGAGGCGCGGCUGCGGGAGCUGGAGGAGAAGGAGGAGGAGGAGCAAGCGCGGGCGGAAGAGGAGUUUAUGGCCAAGGAGCUGGAGCUGCAGCAGCAGCUGCACUCGCAGGUGCAGGCGACGGUGCGCAAGCGCGACCUGCGGCCCACGACGCCGUUUGUGGCCGGCAAGGGCAAGAAGGCGAAGCAGCCCGGCGGCGCGAAGAAGCAAGGCCAGAGGCGCAAGAGCAGAGCCGCCGCGGCAGACACGGCUGCGGUGUCGAUGCUUGACGAAGGCCUGGCGCCCAUGCUGUCCAAGAUUGAGAGCAUCGAGGCGCUGCUGGCGGGCUAUGACGGGGCCGUUGCUGGCCAGCUGGGCGACGAUGUGGAAGAGGAGUGGGCGAGCCGCAGCGGCGAUGCUGCGCUGUUCACCAACAAGGACGACGACGGCAGUGCUGGCGAAGUGGAUGUGGUUGGCGACGAUGAGGCGACGCAGCGCCAGCGCAUGUCGCUGCAGCUGGCCGAGUUUGUGUGCCGGGUUGCUCGCGAGCGUCGCUGGCUGGACAACGACGUCAGGCUGCAGCUUGCCAAGCGGCUUCCUGCCCCCGUCCACUUGCAGAACGCGUUCCGCUUUUCCUACGCGUACAACCGUGAUACGCGCACGCUCAGUGUGCGUGCCCAGCGCGCUGAUGAGCCCACGCAACUGCUGCUCGUCGUCAUUCACGCCCUUGCCCACAUCAAGGUGGACAACAUGGAUGGCGACCACACUGGCGUAUUCCGCAAGGCGUUCCACAGCCUGCUGCGGCUUGUGUGCUUUGACGUGCUGUUGAGCGGGUGCAUUGCGCCUGCGUCCGCCGACGGAGGAGAUGGCGGUGAUGAUGCAGACCGCCUGCAGUUGCUGCUGCAUGGCCUGCAGCGCCAGUCACAGUCCAGCAAGCCGCUUGUCAAGCUCCUGGACGACUUCAGCCAUGCUUAAACGUCGUUGUCGUGUGUGUGUGUGUGUGUGUGUGGACGUGCA